AUGACCUCCCACCGGAAUAAAGUCUACGCCAUCACCGGCGCCGCCUCCGGCAUAGGCCACGCCAUCGCAAUUCACCUCGCCCAGCUCGGCGCGCGCCUCGCAGUCACUGAUCUCUCCCAAUUGGGUCUCGACGCCCUCACCACUGAACUGGAGCCUAUAAUCGGCAAGACGAACAUCUUGGCCCGCCGCGCCGACAUCUGCGACCGGUCCGCCGUUGAGUCGUGGCUCGCCGCCACCGGCACCCACUUCGGCCGCCUGGACGGCGCAAUCAACACCGCGGGCGCGCACCCGCGGGAGUCCGGCCAGCAACCCAUCUGGAACGUGACGGACGAGGACUGGGAGUUCGCCCAGCGGGUCAACGUGCAGGGCACGCUGAACCUCGUCCGCGCGGCGCUGAGGCACAUGGUGGACGCGGUUGGUCGGCAGGAGAUUUCCACGGGGUCGGUCAUCGUCUUUGGCAGUAAUUCGUCGGUCACGGGGGCACCGAAUCUGUCGGCGUAUACUACGAGCAAGCAUGCGGUGCUGGGGAUCAUGCGUUCGGCGGCGAUGGAUGCGGCGCCAUAUGGGAUUCGGGUUAAUGCGGUUUGUCCGGGUCCGAUUGAUACACCUAUGUUGCGGAAUGCGGUCUCGGAGAGUCUGAUGAAGACCCUGGUAAACUCCAUUCCCAUGAAGAAGGUGGGAUCGACGAAGGAGGUGGUCGGACUGGUGACCUAUCUGCUGGAUCAAAGCUCUGGGUUCACCACGGGCAGCGUGCACAUGGUUGAUGGGGGAAUGACGGCGGCAUAA